CAACUCAACAUGGAGAAACCCGUCCGCUUCCUGCUGUUCAAAUAAUGCUGAAGAUGUGACCGUCUCCUUUAUGAAAUGACUCUCUCAGAUAAUUCUAGAAUCCGACUGACUGUUUGAUCAAGCGAUAAAACAGAGGAGGAUGAAGAAACAAAGCUGUAAGAAGAGACCGCAGACGGGGUCGUCCUCCCGUUCUACACCUAAGAAGAAACAAGUCAAGAAACAAAACUGCCCCAAAACAUCGUCAGGACAAAAAAACACUCAAAACAAAUCUCAGCUUCCUGUUACAUGUGGCUAUAAAGAGGGUGUCCUGUAUUUGAAGAAAUAUUAUGAUAAGCAGAAGUGCAUCUUCAGUGAGGAACAAUGGUUCAAGCCCACUGAGUUUGAGAGGUUUGGUAUGAAGGAGAAGAACAAAAAGUGGAGGACCAGCAUCCUUUGCAGUGGGAUUCCACUCCAGAAACUCAUAGAGGAUGGAUUUCUUCCAGCUACAACCUUUAAAAAAAGCAGGGUUCAGGAUGCAAAGAAGAAAAAAAGCCACGUGGAUUUGAAAAAACAGGAAUCACAUGAAAAGAUCGAAGACAAUCAAGACGAUGAUGAUGAUGACGCUAUUGACAUGAGCAUGUUUGAAGGUCCAGUCCUACCUGUUACCUGUGGUUCUGAUUCUGGCAUUCUACACAAAUAUCGAUUUUCCACAGGGCGUUGUGGGAGAUGCAUAAGAACAGAGAACUUCUGGCUGACGCCUGAGGAUUUCAUCAGAUUGAGCAAACCAGAUGGAACAUGGAAGAAAGACAUUGUGUCCCAUGGAAUGCCUCUUGGGAAGCUUAUAACGAAAAGAGUUUUGGAACCACAUGCAGUCAACUGUGAUUGUGAUAUCUGCCAAGAACAGGAUCAGAACCUACUGAAUGAUGACGUGUGUUUCGUGUGUAACUCUGACGGAGAGCUCGUGUGUUGUGACGAUUGUCCACGAGCUUUUCAUUCAUGCUGUCACCUACCAGCUCCAGGCGGAGACUCACCUGGAAGCCAGUGGAGCUGCACAUUUUGUGUGAUGAAGAAUGUGGAAAGUUCUAGUCAAAGGACCCAACAGGAUGUUUUGAGCAGUCCAGUCUCUCAGUACACACUGCACUGCCAGUACCUGCUGUUACACCUGCUACGUGAGAGCAUGACUGACCUGUGUGUCAAUGUUCCAGGAUACAGUAAGAACAUCUGUGGUCCCAUGAUGCUGGGCAGAGUGAAAAUGAACUUGGAGAAUAAUGACUAUCAAACAGUGCGAGAGUUUAUCACAGCUAUUGAAUAUGUUUUCCACCACUGCACCGCCAACAGGGAUAAUGACUUCAGUAGAAUGACCUUUAGGCUCAAGGAACUGUUUGAAACUGUAUUUAAGCCCCUGUAACAUCACACCUUAA